CACCGCCGCAGAGCAGACCGGGAGAACAGCGCCAGUCACGCGAGCCCGACGACUAGGACCCUGAUUUUGGUGGUUAUUUCAGCAAUACAGUUACGUUUAGACUUCGUUUCGUGGUCAAGCGCCUCGCUUAUUUUUGGCUCGCUGCAGUUUCACCGCCAUCACCGAGGAAUGACGAGAGAACUCACUCAGAACAAAAUCCAAAAGAUCUGGAUCCCUUCAAAGGAUGACAAGCCCGCGAUGCCCAGGAAAUCUGGUGGCGGCCCACACUUGGCCAACCCUCCUACAGUCAUAGUGAUGGUUGGUCUGCCAGCAAGAGGCAAAACAUACAUGUCCAGGAAACUCACACGCUACCUCAACUGGGUUGGCAUGCCCACCAAAGUGUUCAAUGUUGGCGAGUAUCGCAGAGAGGCAGUUAAACACUACAGCUCAUAUGACUUUUUCAAAUCAGACAACAAGGAAGCAGUCAGAAUAAGAGAACAAUGUGCCUUAGCUGCUCUCCGAGAUGUCAAGGUGUACCUAACUGAGCUGGGUGGUCAAGUUGCAGUUUUUGAUGCCACAAACACAACCAGAAGCAGGAGAGACAUGAUCCUGGAUUUUGGUGCUGAGAACGGCUUUAAGAUCUUCUUCAUCGAGUCCAUAUGCGAGGACCCAAACGUAAUCGCUACAAACAUCAUGGAAGUAAAGGUGUCAUGUCCUGAUUAUCAAGACUGCAACAAGACUGAUGCCUUGGAAGACUUUCAGAAGAGGAUUGAGUGUUACAGGGUGAACUAUCAGCCUCUUGACCCAGAUGAUUAUGACAAGAACUUGUCCUUCAUCAAGGUGAUCGAUGUGGGCCGCAGGUUCCUGGUGAAUCGCAUUCAGGACCACAUCCAGAGCCGCAUUGUCUACUACUUGAUGAACAUUCACGUCCAGCCUCGCUCCAUUUACCUGUGUCGCCAUGGUGAGAGCCAGCACAACCUGCAGGGCCGUCUGGGUGGAGACUCUGGCCUCUCCACGCGAGGCAGAAAGUUUGCCAAUGCUCUGGCCAAGUUUGUGGAGGAGCAGAAGCUUAAAGACCUGAAGGUGUGGACGAGCCAGCUUCGGCGAAGCAUCCAGACAGCGGAGGCACUCAAUGUGCCGUAUGAGCAGUGGAAGGCCCUGAACGAGAUUGAUGCAGGUGUGUGUGAGGAGAUGACGUAUGAAGAAGUGAGGGAGCGCUACCCUGAAGAGUUUGCACUAAGAGAUCAGGACAAGUACUACUACCGCUAUCCCACUGGAGAGUCUUACCAGGAUUUGGUGCAGCGGGUGGAGCCGGUGAUCAUGGAACUGGAGAGACAGGAGAACGUCCUGGUUAUCUGCCACCAAGCGGUCAUGCGCUGCCUCCUUGCUUAUUUCCUAGACAAGAGUGCUGAUGAGAUGCCCUACCUCAAGUGUCCACUCCACACUGUACUGAAGCUGACCCCAGUGGCCUAUGGGUGCAAAGUGGAGUCCAUUUCACUAAACGUUGAGGCAGUGAACACGCACAGGGACAGACCUGAGGAGAUCAAAAGGGGCCCAGGCACUUUGAUCAGGAGGAACAGUGUGACUCCUCUGACGAGUCAUGAGCCCACAAAGAAGCCUCGUAUCGAUGCCCUGGAUGACCCCACCAUCCCUGAGCUGACUCCAGCACCGCUGACCUUCUGUGCCGCCACAAACGGCUCCCUUGCGUUGACCACACAGCACUGGCUUGGCCAAGCUUGUCUACGCACUGUGUUCUACUACCUGAAAGUCAUGUCAGUGCUGCCCUUUCAGAGAACCUGAAACGAUGCGCCACCGAGAGCCACGACAUCCCACAGCUUUGCCAGUGAGAUGGCUCAUCAGCGUCUGCUGAUUUUUAUGGGAAGCUUCGCUGCCAAGCAGUUUCUGCAAAAAGUUCUCCUUCUGAAGGUUCUCAGACUCUUCAGCGUCUUCUGUUCCCCAGUAAGGACAGAAUAUAGGCACAGGGUGGCUACUUGGGCAUUUUUGUGUGCCCUUAAAAUGGUUUAAUGACUAUGUGGGUCUUUGAAGAGUGUCAACUGCUGUGUGUGACAGUGGGUUUUUUAUGUAGUGAUGUGAGAGAAAUGAAGCACUGUGGCAAGAAUGAAUGAUACAGCAACGCUACAAAUCACAUUGCUGUGGUUCAGCAGCAUUUUUUAUGGCUUCCAUUUAUUCUGGUAUGACUCAUUGCCACACAGUGUGUGACGCUUGGCUUUACCAGGUGAAAUCUACACCUGUACGUUAUGAGACACACCAAAGAAAGUCAAAGGAUUACUCAUGCCCUCAAGGGACACUCCUUAUAUUGCCUUAUAUUGGGCCACAUACUCAUAUGAAUACUAAAAAAACAACUCCUGAUACAAGAAAUUCUUCCAUUUUUACCUAGUGUUAUGUCUGUCUUAUCUCUAAGUGUUGUAAUGAACGCCCCUACGCUGCUGCUGGCUGUUUUGUAAAUUUUGUCAAAUUUGUUGUUGUCAGUUUGAGAUGUCUCAUGCACUGAGAGAUUAUACAGUUUGUCUGUUAAAGAAAGCAUGUUGAGGAUAUUAUGAUUGAGGUUGUGAUCAUGGGAAUAUUGUGUGGAUGUAUUUGUAUUUGAAGGUAUUUAUAUUUGUGCAGUACUUGUAUCAUUUGUUUAUUGUGACUGCUGACCGAGAGAAUUUAAUUUUUUUUUUUUUCUUUUCAACUUGUAUGAAAAUUCCCUAGAGUGCCUAGUGCUUCGGCUUCUCCGGCCAAUGAUGCUUUAAUAUUCAUCCAAGAUUUUACUAUGUGCAGCAUAAUUUUUCAUCCUUUCGUCUGUUUUACUCUUCAGUAUGUCUUAGAAGGGAGUCCUAAAAUGUAUGCACAUUGUUAAACCAAUGGAGAUUUCAAUAUUUGGUAUUUUAUUUCUGUAUACACUUAAUGUUAACCAAAUGUUUACAGUUUGUUUGUACCUGUACAUUUCUUAGGUAAUGAGCAAGAGAAAUGUAAUACAGAAACGAGCUUUACUCUUAACACUAGCACAAUGGGGAUAAUACAAUAUAUAUAAAAGCAAAAACCAAGUUAUUUAAUGGUGUAAAUGCACUUUUUGCUUUUUGACUAGCCAGGUUUUGGCUAAAGUGAUCAUGAUGUAAAACCUUUCUUAACACAUUGUAGAUGCAGUCUUAUAUAUCACUCUUAACUGUAGUAACUAAUUAUUUUUGCUUAUUAUACUUGAAUUCUGUAUUUUGUAAUGCUGUAUAUUUUCUGUUAAACUAUUUAUUUAUUUUUAAUAUAGGAUCAUUUUGAGUACAUGCCACCUUCCUUGUUGAUUUUAUGGCCCGUAUCAUGAAGUAUGACUUUUCCUUUGAGAGAGACAGUAAAAUGACAAGGAAACAAUUUCUUUUUGUAUUUGCUGGACCAAUAAUAAUAAAAAAAAAACCUUCAUGGAAAUUUGAAGA